AUGAAGCACCAAGCCUCUGAACUUCCGUUGGGGAAACCACAGGCACGGAAAAAAGCACCCAGGAUAGCUCCGUUACUUAUUGCCCUGACUGUUCUUUUCACAAUUAUCCCUUUAUAUUAUCCUUCAUUAAGAUACAACAGUAAUCCCAAGAAAAUAAAUGAAGCAUCCUCUUUUCAUCCUCAUUCGGAAAUCACUUUAGAACAAAACAAUGACCAAGACCAUCAUCAAGGCGAAGAAGGUGACCGAACAUUGGCGGCCCCAAAAGAAACACAAGGGGAUGAUGAUAUUGCAGAGAGACCCCCCGAAAGCUCGAAAGAUCAAGAAGACGAAUCAGCAGAUACAGAGACAAGAACAACAACAAAACCACCAGAAAUAGACCUACCUAGCUCUACAGAAAGUGGGCUGGCAAUUGCAGAAUCAUUGGAUAAAAGGGCCGAUCAAACGAGCCGAGGCCAGGAACAGGUGAUCAAGGGCAAAAAACCAGCAAGGCCUGGAGGAAAUAAAGAACGGCCUAAACGUCGCCAACAUGAUUUUGGGAGGAGCGCAAAAGAACGAGAAAUGCCUGCCAGGAGAAUUCCAAGCCUUAGCGGUGGAGAUGGUGGGCUGGUGAAUAAGUCUCAGGAAUUGAUAGAGAAGAAAGGUGAAGGGUACUGUAACUUGUUCUCGGGGGAGUGGGUACCCAACCCUGAGGGGCCAUAUUACACGAACGAGACCUGUUGGGCAAUUCAAGAGCAUCAGAAUUGCAUGAAAUUCGGGAAGCCUGAUACAGGGUUCUUGAAGUGGAGGUGGAAACCUGAUGGGUGUGAGCUGCCGAUUUUCGACCCCCAACAGUUUUUGGAAAUUGUGAGAGGGAAAUCCAUUGCAUUUGUGGGAGACUCUGUUGCGAGAAAUCACAUGCAGUCAUUGAUAUGCCUCUUGUCCAGGGUUGUUUAUCCGGAGGAUGUUUCUAUAACAACAGACGAGAACAAGCGUUGGGUAUACAAGGAUUACAACUUCAACAUUUCCAUGUUCUGGGCUCCAUAUUUGGUGAGAUCAGAAAAGACGGUUCCAAAUGAUGUAACUCGGCCUUUCAGACUCUAUCUUGAUGAGUUUGAUGAAGACUGGACAAGCAACAUCGAAACGUAUGACUAUGUUAUCAUCUCGGCCGGGCACUGGUUCUUCAGGCCAACACUCUUCUAUGUAGACCGCCGCCUAAUCGGCUGCCUCUACUGUCCACAAGAGAACGUCACUCAUUUAAAAUCGUCUUUUAGCUAUCGAAGAGCUUUCAGGACAGCUUUCAGAGCCCUUAACAGCUUAGACAAUUUUAAGGGCGUAACGUUUCUUAGGACCUUUGCCCCGUCACAUUUCGAAGGUGGCCAAUGGGACAAAGGUGGAGAUUGUGUUAGGACCAGGCCUUUCAAGAGGAGCGAGAGAGCUUUGGAUGAUUACAAUUUGGAAAUGUAUAGGAUUCAACUUGAAGAACUCAGAAUUGCGCAGAAGGAAGGAAGAAGAAAAGGUUUAAAGUUCAGGUUGUUUGAUGCGACGCAAUCCAUGCUGCUGAGACCAGAUGGUCACCCCAGUAAAUAUGGCCAUUGGCCUAAUCAUGAUGUGGCAAUGGCUAAUGAUUGUGUGCAUUGGUGUUUGCCUGGACCAAUUGACUCCUGGAAUGAUUUCUUGUUAGAACUGUUGAAAAGGGAGGAAACGGAGAUUUCUUUUUCGUAG